AUGGCUAUGAACGCUGGCUUAGGCUUCUCCAAGAUCCUGAUCCUAGUCGGUGCAGGGUAUACUGGAACGGUACUGUUAAAGAAUGGUAAAUUGUCUGAUGUAUUGGGUGAACUACAGCAUUUGGUAAAAGGAAUGGAAAAAUCAGGGGAAUCAGAUGGGAGCGACUCUGAGUACUCUGAUGCCAUCGCUGCACAGGUUCGUAGGUUAGCAAUGGAAGUGCGCCAAUUGGCUUCAUCUAAACAGAUUACUGUUAUAAAUGGGAACUCUGGCUCAAGUAACUUGACGCCUCUUAUAAUGCCAGCUGCUGCUUUGGGGGCCUUGGGUUAUGGAUACAUGUGGUGGAAGGGACUUUCUUUCUCAGACCUAAUGUAUGUAACGAAACAAAACAUGACAAAUGCUGUUGCAAACUUGACAAAACAUUUGGAGCAUGUGUCAGAGGCUCUUGCUGCAACAAAACGGCACUUGACACAGAGAAUUGAGAACUUGGAUGGGAAACUAGACGAGCAAGUAGAGAUUUCGAAAUUAAUUAGGAGCGAGGUUAAUGAUGUCCGUGGUGAUCUCUCUCAAAUUGGCUUUGAUUUGGAUGACUUGCAUAGGAUGGUAUCUGGUUUGGAUGGCAAACUACUCUCAUUGGAAGGCAAACAGGAGCUUACAAAUGCUGGGGUGAUGUAUCUGUGUAACAUUGUCAGUGGAAGGAAGGGGAAAAUGCCUGAACUGACCCAGGAUCAAUUUAAGAUUGUCGGAAACUCAGUGCCAAGUCUGAUGGGUCUCAAGGAGAUUGCGGAUUCCUUAGCUUCAGGAAAUAAUUUAUUAACAGAUGGAAAUGUACAAGAUGGUGCUGAUAAGUUGAAGGACCCACCAAGAAACUUAAUGAGGACGGCUUCAAACAAAUGCUGA